AUGACAGCAGUUUCUAUGGCAGGUGAUGAAGAGGAGCAAAAGCGACAGGUCCGACUCGCUAAUAGCUUCAACCCAGAACCCUUCUGGCGUACACAUGGCAAUGAUCUAAACACAAUUGCACACGCUGCGAGGGCCAAGCUUGCAGUAAAGGAAACCACUGCUGCACCUGAUCAAGCCUCUCCAACCACAAACAAUGCACAAUCAGUGACUGAAACGGAUAAAUUCAACAUCUCUGGCAUGGACCGCAAAGCAAUGGAGCAAGAGCGACUGGCACGACUAGGCGAGAAGCGGAAGCGAGAGCCAUCGCCAGGGCCCCAAUUGUUUAACCCGUUAGAGGGACAACCCGGCGCAUGGCAACUGGGUGAGCCUGUUGAUGACUUUAUCAAACGUCUUCCCCCAGUCACUACUCCCAUCUCAAAAUGUCCCUGGAUCUGGGCCGCAAACCCCCAUCGCAAUUCCCGCGACAAGUCUCCUUCUCCUCAAGAGGAUGACUUUAUGACUCGUGGUACGCAACUGCUCGCUCAGUCGUUAGAGACUCGGCAAAAGAUCAAAGACGAUGGCGCUAGAGGACCCCGAGCUGUGGUGAAUAAGCAGCUCGCCCAAGAGAGUAAAGCCUUGCAGGAACGCAUCACGGGCUUGGCAAGGGAAACUCGUGUGGUCUCUGGAAAGUGGAUGUUGUUUCUAAAAUUAGAAGAUGUCACUCGGAUAUGGAAGCAAAUCGUCUCCAGUGUCAUCGACAACCGGCUUGGUUGCACCUGCAAAGUAGCGACGGAUGAUGUCUGCGUUUACACCAAGGACUUUGAAGAUGCAGAAGACGUAUUGCGUGUGCUCAAAGAGCUCGACUCAAUGGGCCUUAUCACGGCGGGAAGGUCCAUAUACUACAAACCAGACGCCUACACUCACCUGGACAUUACAGGAGAAAAAGCCUCCGAAUACGGCCUCCGUGCAAGUCUAGUGGUCGUCGCUGGCAUGUACGAGUAG